AAGGAUUGGGUUAACAGGGCAGCUUUGGGUUGAUCCUCUGCCCGCCCCAAGCCCGUCAGAUUUUCGCAAAAUUUCUCCUGGUUCAUUUAUUACUGCCAACAUACUCUCUCUCUCUCUCUCUCUCUCUCUUAAACGGAGAAAGAAGGAAAAGGGGGGAACAAAAGAAAGGCUUGGGGAGUACAAUGACUUGAGGAGUACAGAAACUCUGAUGAGAGCGGAAAAUCAAGAUAAGGACUACGGGAACUCCGAUGAGUGCGGAAACUCAAGAUAAGAGGAUUUCAAGGUACCAGUAAAAAUUUCAGCAAAAGAUCAUGGCAAAGCACCAUCCAGAUCUCAUAAUGUGCAGGAAGCAGCCAGGGAUUGCCAUUGGCCGGCUAUGUGAGAAAUGUGACGGCAAGUGCGUCAUAUGUGACUCAUACGUGCGUCCGUGCACUUUGGUACGAGUGUGUGAUGAAUGCAACUAUGGAUCGUUCCAGGGACGUUGUGUUAUCUGUGGUGGUGUCGGUAUUUCUGAUGCAUACUACUGUAAGGAAUGCACUCAACAGGAGAAGGAUCGUGAUGGUUGCCCUAAGAUAGUCAAUCUUGGCAGUGCCAAGACUGAUCUUUUCUACGAGCGCAAGAAAUAUGGUUUCAAAAAGAGAUGAAAAUGAACUAUAUCUGCAUUUGCGUUUGAGCUCAAAAAAGAAUGACAAUGAUUAUUAUCUGCAUUUUCUGUUGAGAAUGUAAUGCAGGAGAUGUUCAUGCAUCGAAUUGUCUUUCAAGCAAAGGAAAUGGAAUUAAGCUUACUAUGUACUUGUUUUUUAAAAGAAAAUGAUGCAUAUUUAGACAGUUAAGACUGUUGUAAUUCAUUUCAAAUGUGAUAUUUACACAUUCCCGUGAGUGGCAAUUACUGCCAGUUUUCACUAAGAUGAAUUGUGUCUGUCAAUAGAUGAUCAUGAUUUGGAAAC